AUGAACGAGAAGACGCAAGAAGACUCUAUGCCAGAAUGGAUGCCCGAUGUUUACGACCAUCUUACUUUCGGGUUUAAUAGCACGGUCCGCAGGCUUGAGUCCUUGGCUCGCAGCCGCAAGCCACAAAUGCUAUCUCAGCACACAGACGCCGACCCAUCGUCGGGACACCCACUCGCAAAUCUCUCAGUCGUGUUUGUCUGCCGCCAGAAUCUGCCUGAUAUAAUGACAUCCUCAAUACCCUUGCUGUUAGCAACCUCAGCUCCCAUCAACACCAGGGCCAGGCUGGUGGAAUGGUCCUCACAGGCCGAAGAGCAGGUUGCUCGAGCACUGCAGCAGCCUCGUGUGGGCGUGGUCGGUGUUGGGGAGGCGACGCCUGGCGCUGAAACACUUCUGCAAUUUGUGCGAGACAAUGUUGCUACGGUUGAUGUACCCUGGCUCGAUCAGAUACCCAAACCCAUAUACCAUCCCGUCAAAAUCCAAACGGUCGACUCAGCAUCCAGGCCCAAGGCCACACUCCAAAAUCGCAAGCGGAAGGAGUUAGGAGAUGGCUGA